AUGGCCAAGACCCUUUCAGAGCUUCAGUCGAGUGUUCUCCGCCCGGAUAGCAUGUCGAGUGUUGAUGUCGUUCAAUGUUUGGUUGCGGGAUCUGGUCGGAGUGGGAGACGCAGACGCGCAGAACGCGGGCGGCAUUGGAUCGGCAUUGGCAUUGGCAACUCCAACUUCUUUGCAAAGCUGCCGACCACAACAACUUCCUCCCCUCUCAACCACCACCACAACCCCCACCACUACGACACAAACACACACUUCUCCCUCGAUUUCAACCUGGACCUUGUCCACGCGAUUCACGGACUUGGUAUCUUGAGAUUGAGCCUGCUCAUCAUCCCUGCGGUGCCAUUCGGCGCCUGUGCUUGA